GCCGACGGCGAAUGUCGGUUGGUGAGGCGGCUGCGGGCGUUGAACCUACUCGGGCGGAACUCCGCCGGAGCGGGGCCUCUCCCUCCCCGCCAGCGGCCGCCUGAACCUCGGGCGGUGUCCGAAAAGUUCGGCGGCAGGCCCUUUUGCGCCCAGCCAUCGCGAGAGUUGCCGGAGCCCCGUCCCACCCCCGCCGCCAUCUUGAGAAGGUCGCCGUCAGCGGCUGGCGUUUGCCAUGGCGGCAGUGGCUCCCCAUCUGCCCUCGGCUCUGGCCGCCUGCGAGUCGCACCGUCCGUAACUCCAAUUGUAACUUUUACUUCCAAAUUAACAUGAGUGCGGCGCCGGCGAGGAAAAGGUUCAGGCCGGAGGUUUGCCCGCAGCAGCUCUCCUCUCCCAGCGAGGCCCGGCCGGAGGAGAGCAGCUCUGGCAUUGCAGGCUGCAGCAAAGAUCACAAAGAAAAGUGGGCAGAUUUGACCACAGACAAAACUAAAGAUUUAAGGAUGGACCAAGCCAGCGCUGAGAAAAAACUCGAAGUCAAAGAUGGAGAAGUAGAAGAAUCAUCUGAUGAGAGAGGAUGCAAAGACACGUGGACGGUCCAGUUUAUGCAACAGGACAGGAUGUAUAAUGCUUCAGAAAAUGAGUCCAGAAGUAGCAAAUCCGCAGGAUGUUGUGAGUCUGAAGAGAAGACCAGAAAACAAAAAUGGAAAAAUCCCUUUGGCUCAGGGGCUCAGAGAUUUGAACAGACCAUCAAAAGUGUGGACAGGCACACCUCUGAAAAUGAUAGAGGUAAUCAAAAAUCACCAAAGCCCAAUUUAGAAAGUUCUGGUUCUAUAGACAAAGCCAAGGGCAUUAUUCCAGAUAAAAAGAAGUGCAAGACACUUGAGGAAUGGGUAAUAAAGCCUCCUGGUUUCAAAGGCCUGAGGAACACUGUAGUCACUCAGGCCGGUGAAAAAAGCACUAUUGAAGAGGAUCAUCACUUGAGAGACUUUGAGACCAUAAACUCAGCUGAAGAUCCACUUGAGGAAAUUUAUGUUGUUCCUGAGAGUCCGCUCUCUGAUUCUGGCUGUGAACAGUAUAUCUCUGGCACAAGUGGAAGUGAGAAACAAGAUAGUGGGAAGCAGAAUCCAACAGAUUGGCUCACUACUAAGAAAGAGACUGAGUCCAUCUUUCCUGUGCAAUUAGACUUUGCAGGUAAUAACCCUCAUGAAUCAAAUGCUGAACUUGCAUGCUUUACAACCAAAGUUUCAGAAGGUCUUGAGGACACUUCCCUUUGCCACAAGGCUUAUUGUGUUGGUUCUUAUUCUGGUAAUAAAAAUGAAGAAGAUAUGAUGGAGGUGGACAGGGAUGUACAAUGUCAAUGUGAGGAUUCAUUCUUAAAAGCAAAACGGAAAGGAGGGAGCACGGAAGCCAGAGCAAAAAUGUACCCAUCGACGAGUUCACCUUCAAAGCUGGCAAGUUGGAAAGUUUCCACAAAGAUACCUACAAAAAUCACUGAUCAUUUUGAGUAUCUGGUCAGGAAGCCACAAAGGAUAAAUGACAAGAGAAGAGGGAAUUGCAUGGAAGAUAAGAGGCCUACUCGAGGAAGGCAUACUGCAGAUGUCAAAUGGCUUGGAACUCCAAUCAGUGAGAUGAGAAGAAUGCCAGAAUGCAGUGGCACUUUGCCAGUUUUAAGAGCAUCUGCCAACCAUUCAGUAACCAUCCGAACGGACUUGUUGAAAAGUGGUGAUGUUCCUCGACCCUUUCCCACAUACUUCAAAGAUAUCUGGGAUGACAAGCAUGUGAAAAUGCCUUGCUCUGAGCAAAAUCUUUUUCCUGUUGAAAAUGAGGACGGAAGCAAGAAUGUGAGCAGUCGAUGGGAAUUGAUUCAAAUAGCAUUGUCAAGAAAGUUUGAUAAUUCACUGGAUGUUAAGGAUGCAAUACUGAAGUAUAAUGCAGGAUAUGCAAAAAAAUGGGAUUUUACUAUCCUGAAUUACCUUUGUACUAAGGAUUUAAAUGAUGUCGAAACGCAGCACCUUCUACAGUCCCUUUUGCCGGAGAUGGCUCAACUAGCACUACGACUACCUGCUGUUUGUACUCAGCCGAUACCAUUGCUUAAGCAGAAGAUGAAUCACUCCAUCACAAUGUCACAAGAACAAAUAGCCUGCCUUCUGGCCAAUGCUUUUUUUUGUACAUUCCCUCGACGGAGUAACAAAGCAAAACCUGAGUACUCUAAUUUCCCGGACAUAAACUUCAAAAAAUUGUUUGAAGGAUCUUCACUCAAGAAAGCCGAAAAGCUUAAAACACUCUUCUGCUAUUUCAGAAAAGUCACAGAGAAAAAACCUACUGGUCUGGUAACUUUUCAGAGACAAUGUCUGCAGAACUUUCCUGAAUGGGAACGGUCUACAAAGAAGUUGACCAGGCUACACAUCACAUGUGAAGGCACAAUCGAAGAUAAUGGACAUGGGAUGUUACAGGUGGACUUUGCAAAUAGAUUUGUUGGAGGUGGUGUCACACGUGGUGGUCUUGUGCAGGAAGAAAUACGGUUUUUGAUAAACCCUGAACUCAUUGUUUCACGACUGUUUACAGAAGCCUUGGACCACAAUGAAUGUCUCAUCAUUACUGGUGCAGAGCAGUACAGCAUCUACGAAGGCUAUGCAGACACCUACAGAUGGGUGGGGAGCUGCAAUGAUCUGAUUCCAAGGGAUGCUUGGCAGAGACACCACACAGAGAUUGUAGCCAUAGAUGCAUUACCUUUCAACCAUUAUCUAGAUCAAUUUUCGCCAUCUGAUUUAAAGAGAGAAAUUAAUAAGGCUUUUUGUGGGUUUGUCCGGCCAGGUGUUGAUCCCAGGAAUCUUUCAGCAAUAGCUACAGGGAACUGGGGGUGCGGAGCUUUUGGUGGGGAUGCCAAGUUAAAGUCCUUGUUGCAGAUGAUGGCAGCAGCAGAAGCAGGGCGAGAUGUGGUUUACUUCACCUUCGGGGACCGAGAAUUAAUGACCGAGAUACACGACAUGCAUAAGUUCCUAAUUGAGAAAGAGCAGACUGUUGGUCAAAUAUACAAACUUUUGGAACGAUAUUGGAGUGAAGUGUGCAGACCCUGUUCUUUUUCAAGACCAAACAUUAAACUGUACAACUUCAUUUAUGAUUCUGUAGGCUUGUAUCUAGAUUCAACAGAUGAGGAUGAUGAUUGACAACACUUCAAGGUCCAUAACAUUUUAAAGGCUGUCUUUAAACUUGUCAUAAAAAUUAUCCUUCCAAGUGAUCUUGAUACUAUAGGCCCAUUCUUAUGUAGAAAUUCUUGCAAAACACGGGGCCCAUUCUUGUGUAAAAAUUCUUGCAAAACACAGUCCAUUAUUUUGACGGUGAAUAUUUCCUGAAGUAUUUUUGGUAGGAACUCUUGUCAGUGCUAGCAGUCAAACCUAAAGUGGAAAUUCAGGGAGAGUAACCGUGUGAAUCUGUUAGCCCAUGGGCUAACCAGGGCAAUAUAUACCUAUUCUAUAUAGUACAUAUUAUGCAAUUAUUAUAGAAGACAAGCUACCGAUAUAAAUUAUACUUGAAUGCAAUUAUUCUGAAGGAAUAAACCAGUUACCUAUUUUCUUUUUGGAAUAAACUGUUUUUAAAUGACUUGAGUCAAAGUUGAAAUCCCAGCAUGCUUUUAGCAUGCCCUUGUUAACCCUGGCAGUGAGAAUGUCAGAAGCAAAUUGGAGGAGCAAGCACUUCAUCCUCUUGGGCUUGUAUCGCAAGGCAAAACAAUAAAAUGGGUGUCUUUUUUUUUGUUUUAAAAAUACCUAAGAUUUCAAAUACCAAUUGUGUAUUCUGUUAGACUGUGGAGCGCAAUGCUGAAAAUAUUCAGUAAUGUUAGUUGCUGUCCAAUUGAUUGCUAGCAAUCAUAAAGGGGAAAUUCUGUAAAGUAUUUUUUUUUAAUUGUCCAAAUAAAGACCUUCUGUUGAUUAC